CUGGUGAACCACUAUCAAAGAUAUUUGUAGCAAAAAGUAAUGGAGGACACGUAGGGCCUAAGGAACAGACAGAUGGUGUGUGGUUAAGAAACUGUAGUCUUUCUCUCUCCUCCAUGUCCUAACUCCAUGUCUCAAUACACAUUCUCUUCAAUACUCAUUUUCCUCUUCUAAGUUCUAAGCCAUCCUUUAUAUAUGUCCUCUCUCUCUGACUUAAUUCGUACAUGCAUUGAUAAUUUACAUGAAGAGGGAGAGAAAGAAACAGAAACUGGAGGUCAAGGAGGAGAGGAAAAUGGAGGUGGUGGUUGUGGAGCAAGUUGAUGCGUUGGCUGCAGCAGCGAGCGUAGCUGCGGCUGCGGCGGUGGAGGAGGAGGAAUUGUGGGGCAUGAGGCUGAAGGACGGAGACGUUGUCGUCGACGAGAUGAUGACAUGGAGCACUGUGUUGCCUUCAUGUUGGGACGUGGAGUUUGUUGAGAAAAACUAUGGAGUGUUGUUCGAAGAUGUUGUCUGGGAGGAUGAUCUUUGGAAUCUGAGCACUUCCACUUAGCUCCCUCCUCCUUUAGAUAACAUAAGACAAUAUUGAACUCGGGAGAUUCAAGGUUUUUCAAUCGAUUCGGUUGUUCGGUUUUAGUAUGAACCAUAUAUUGUACUUGUUUUGGUAUGGUUUUUUCAGUUUUUGAUCAUGUUAUCCUUAAUUCGAGGAUUUUUUAUAAUGAAAAACCAAGUUGGUUUUGGGUUUGGCUU